AUUAUGAAUUGAACUAAACUUCCCCUUGGUUUAAUAUUUAGUUAUAUGAUGCAUUAGUACAUUUUUAAAUGUGGGUUGUGUCGUGUGCCAUAAUAUGUAGUUAAAUAAUAGGCACUAAACAUUUCUUCUUUUUUUUUGGAUUCAUGCGUCAGCACGCGAGUGAGUUCCGCGCGCCCUUAUUCCCUAUAAAGCAGUCACGCACAUCAGUCACCUCAGCUGCACAUUCCAAACGGACGCAAUUAAUCAGUGUUUAGGGCAAGCAAUUGGAGGUUUUGAAGAGAAAUGACGUCAAAUGAAACGAAUCUGACGACAAAACUUUGGACUCAUCGUGUCCUGGACAACCGGACCCAGGAGAUACCGCUCAACAGCACAGAUUCCCCGCCGGUGGAUGAUUUGGAUGUGAACACGGAUAUUUAUUCCAAAGUGCUCGUGACGUUGAUUUACGCUGUGCUGUUUGCUGUCGGUUUAAUCGGCAACUCCAUGACCCUCUACAUAUCCCUCCAGAGGAGAUCCAUCAAACAUCUCCAAGGCACCGUCCAUUAUCAUCUCGCCAGUCUCGCGGUGUCCGACCUGCUCAUUCUGGUGCUUUGUAUGCCGGUGGAGCUGUACAACUUCAUCUGGAUUCACCAUCCGUGGGCUUUCGGUGAAGUGGUCUGCAGGGGCUAUUACUUUCUGCGGGACGGCUGCUCGUACGCGACGGCGUUCAACAUCGUGAGUCUGAGCGUGGAGCGCUACAUGGCGCUCUGCCACCCGUUCAAAGCCAAGAGUCAGAUGUCCCGCGGGCGCACAAGGAGACUCAUCAGCGCGCUCUGGUGCGCGUCGCUCAUUCUCGCCUCACCGAUGCUUUUGACAAUGGGGCAAAUUUACGUAGGUGAAGAGAGCAUCUGCACCACUGUGGCCUCCACCAACACCGCCAAAACUGUUCUACAGGUAAAUGCCCUUCUCUCUUUUGUUGUGCCAAUGCUGGUGAUCGCAGUGAUGAAUGCCCUGAUUGGACAUCAGCUCCAGAGAAUGACCAACCAUGACUUAUACUGUUCAGCAGCUUCAGAUGUCACAACAGAGACAAACCGUGAGCGUUCCCUACGCCAAAGUGUCAAAGUCCUACGUGGGGUUGUUUUUGCCUUUGUUUUAUGCUGGUUUCCUUAUCACUGUCGUCGACUGAUGUACUGCUAUGUAACAGAGUGGACAAAUGAACUUUAUGAUUUCUACCAUUACUUUUACAUGGUGACAAAUGUACUUUUCUAUGUGAGUUCUGUGAUCAAUCCCAUCCUUUACAACCUGGUCUCAUCCAAAUACCGGCAAAUCUUUUUUUCCACUGUCACUUACUUUUGCCAGAUGUACUCUAAAAGCCAGAGGACUAACCAGAGCAAAAGAAGCUUACAACUACCACAGCAGCUUUGUUCCUCUCUGGUCACACCCCGUACCAGCCAUCAGACCCUUUGUCCCAUGGUGGUCAUGGAGACUAUUUACUGAUGUUAAUUUAUUCUGGACAUUUAGACUUGUUGACUACAAAUGUAUGUUGCCAUUUUGUUCCAUCAGUGCUGAGGGACAAAAAAAAAGGUUUUGACUUUAAAAGACAGGCCUUCUGCUUUCUGAUUAUGGAACAUUAUGUAUACACUAUAGGGUACAACGGGGCUAAAGGCAUUGCGGGGCAAAAGGCACCUUUGAUUUUAUUUUCCUCUAAACCAUUAGAUGGCACAAAAACUUGCCGCAUCACUUUCCUAAACAUCCGUUUUUCAAAAUGUACAUGCAAAUUUGUCUGAUCCUUAACACGAUCGCGGGCAGCAACGCAAAGUUGAUUCUGAGGUAGUUUGCUCUAAUAUUUGAUGUUUUUAAAAUGUUGUUGAUUUAAGUAGCAAAUAAGAAUCCAUUAAAUUAAUGUUUAUAUUUUUAGACAAAGGUCUUCUUAAUGAUUUAAAGUUUUGUUCAAGGUAAUUCAAGCAACAGUUUUUCAAUAAUGGAAGAAUAUGUAAAAGUAUGGUAUUUGGGGUAAAAGGCGACCUUGCUGUUGGGGCAAAAGGCACAAUAAUUAACAUGAUAAUGAAUAGCUGGCUGACUUUUCCAUUUGUUGACGUGACAUGGUUAAAUUCAGAUGGCAAAUAUCAUAUAUCAAAUUGGUUAUCCAUCUUAGAGAUAAUACCCAUAUUUAUAUUGAAACAAUCAUAUUUUAAAAUAUAUUAAUCAUAUCAUAAUAGAAUAUCAUUUAUUGUUACUACUGUAAAUCUAUAUUAAAUAGGCUAUUAUGGGAUCUCGUUCAAUGCUUUCAGAAUCUUUACUUUUUUAAAAUAAUUUUGUUUCUGUAUUUCUGUAUUUUUAAAAUCUAUUUUUAUAUUUUAAAUAUAAAAUGUAUAUUAUAUAGGCCUAUUUUAAUGACAGUAU